UCCAUUAAAUUUAUAUAUUUUUUCGUGCUUGUGCGUGCAAGAAUUGCAAAUAGUGUCCGGUAUAAGAUCUCAUUGAAUACACACAAAAAAUAUUGUACUUACAAAAACAUGACAAUACUGAAACUUUAGUCUAAAACGAUGGCGGAAGAAUCAAAACCAAACCAAUCGAAACCAAAAAGUUAUGAGAAUGGAUGGAUUGUUUGUCGCUCUCAAAAGCGGCCGGGAUUGUUGUACGACUUCAAUACCUUGACAGGGGAAGCCCAAUGGCGAGAUCCUGACAAAAGUGAUACUACCAUUGUAGAUAAAAAUAAGGUUCCUUUUGACUGCCAUGAACCAACUGAACCUCCAAUGGAGCCUAAACUUCAUAAGCAGCCAAAAGUCACCCAGAGCAGCUCUGCCCCAAACAUUUACAAUAAACAGAUUAUAAAUAAUCAGUUUCCAGCUAAACCAUUUGCUAUAGCUCCCUUUGGCAAUUCAGCUUGUGCUCCAUAUGGCCUGAUAGACCCCAACAACAGUAUGAAUGUGAAUACUAUGAGUGCUACACCUGCAGUUUGGGUAACAGCACCACCAACACCUCAAGUCUUACUUGGGGCCUCAGUGACACCUCUGAACCAGCUAAUUGCUUAUGGAGGCCUAGAUAACAUACAGUUACAAAACUCCUCACUGACAUUGAGCAAUAGGUUUCAAGUUUUAAACCAAUUAAACACUGGUAGUCCACUUGGUAUGAAUAUGCAACAUGAGGAUACAAGUAACCAUGAAAGUUAUAGCUACCAACAGCCGCAUCAAAAUUAUAAUAAACCCUGCCAUAAAAACAACCACCAAAGACCUGUAAUAAGCAAUUUAAAUAGACAUACUGAUCUAAGAAGUAAACUGAGUAGCAGAAAAAGGCAGGACCUUGAGGCUAAACCUCAUGCUACUAAAGUUGCAGAAAAACCUGUAGUCAAAAAGGAAGAAGCAUUAGUUAUUAUGACAGAAGAUGAACUAAACCCAGAUGAUAAUGAUGAAUGGUUGCAGGCACACACUGAUGGUGAAGGAAAACAGUUGAACAUGGACAUUGAGAGCUUUUGGGAGUUGGCUGAUAGUGGCAUAAGUUGUGACUACUGCUACAUUAUACCCACCACUAGAGUUCUACUCAACAACAUGCGGUUUUUGAACAGUCUUGUGGUAUCAGACGAUCGACUUCGCUUGCUGACACCGCGUGACGUGGUGCGCUCGCUGCGUAGCGCGGCCUUUUCCUGCCACAGCCGCUUAGCAGACUACGCGAGCCGCGCGAGGACGUUCGCCAUUCGCCAGAUGAGAAAAAUUCCUGAUAAUUUAAAGGAUGCUCGUAAUGUUAAAUCCUGUUUGGAAUUAAUUGCUCCUAAUAUACACGUGGUUCUUCUGGUCGAAGAAAAGGAUAUGUUGAAUCUAGAAUCUAUCAAUGAUGGUACAAUUACAGUUGCUGAACUAAAGCGGUAUUUAACACGAAAUUCAGCUCCGAAAGCAACACCUGUCCCCGGCAUGCAGACUUUCUGCGAAAAUAUAAAAAUAACAGUGCCAAAUGUCGAGCCAAAGAGCUCACCACGAAUAGCGGAACCAGAACCCCAAACCCAAGUACCAAACAGCCCAAGUAAAUCUAAUGCAACUACGAACUCGACCACUUUAGAAUCUCCAAAACUUGAUACUGAAAAAUCUGGACUGAAAGAGAUACAAAUCCAAACUGAUAUAGUACCCCCGCCAGUAAAACGAACUGCAAACGCAUGUGUACAGACGGAUGAUAUUAUAGAACCAUGGAUUGGGAUAAAAUCAAGUAAAUAUAUAAACUGCGGAACGUCAAUUGCCGGAAAUGAUUUGUGUGAUACUGAGAAGCAAAACUAUUUAAAUGAAAAUAAAACCAUCGAAGUGACGAACAAUACCAGUCGAAAUGCGAACGCCGCAAAUUAUAUGUGUAAUAAGCAAACCAAUUUCAAUAGAGAAGCGGUGAAUGGCGAAAAUAAUUUAUGUAAUGAGCAAACCAAUUUCAAUAAAAAUAAAGCCGUCGAUGCAGCGAACACCGCAAUUACUUUGAGUGAUAAGCAAACGAAUUUGAUUACAAAUGAAACCAGUAAAGUGGUGAAUGCCGCAAAUCAUUUGUGUGAUGAUCAAACCAAUUUAAAAUUUGCAUCAUCAGAAAUAGGUCACAAAGAAAUUAAAACCCGUUCUAUAGAAAAUACAGCUAAGGCGUCUAAUGAUAAUAAAGCAACUUCAGCAGCGCCGCGAAGAAUUAAACUAAAAAGGCUACAAAAUUCAAAUCCUACCGCUAGCACGGAGGGAAAACAAUCAUUCAAAUGGCGCAGGAAAAAGAACACCCAGCAAACAACGGGGACCGAUCACGAACUGGGCGGAACAAGCAGUAGCAACAUCAGUACAAAGUCUUCCACCAGCAACUUAGUCCAACAAAUGUAUGACUUCACUGAGUGCAAGUUUAGCGACGUCAGUGCUGAGAUGGUCGAUGGAUCCUCCACAUCUGGUGUUCUUUCUAACUCCGUUUAUUCAGACAAGCUUCCAAUGCAAAAGGAUUUAAAUCCGGAUCGAAGCAUUGUAGUUUAUGAGGUGACAAGCGAUUCAAUGACAGAGCGUCUUACCUUAAGGAGCGAUGAGUGGAUGUCACGUUUCGUGCAAAUAAUGGAAGAAGUUCUUUCUGAAGUGCUCCUACUGGACCCGCCUUUUGUAGACGCGACUUUGCCUCCUCCUUGGACUUUCUACGAGGCAACAGUAUGCGUUAAACAGAAAUUUGCAAAUGACGCCAAAAUCGUAUAUGCCUCCGACAAAUUGGCUAAGUUCCUUUUGGACAUAAAUGAUGAUAGAGGAAACUUAGUGUCUACACUUAGCCCUACGGAUUUCAUGGAAAUGUACACAUUUGGCGUAAAUUUAGUCAACAAACUGAAGUCGGUGUUGAAAGAUUGUGAAGAUGUGCACAUAGCAUCUCAGAAUUUAUCUCAGUUGCUAAGCGAAAUACGGGAGCCCAAUUUAGACGAGUCCUAUGACAUGGAAACAUUCAAUCUGGAUGACCCAAGCCACUCGCCUAGUUUUAGCGAAGCGGUGACAGAUAUGUCGACAAUAAUCUCCGGCUUCCCACCUAUGCAAGUCAACAACAAAUCGCCUAAAAACAAAGAGAAAAUUCUGUCGAGCAACAACUCUCCCGCAAGAUAUAGUCUGAGGUCAACUCGCUCUGAGCAGAAGAAGAAAGAAGCGGAGCCACAAGCUGAUGUUGUGUCUAAUGAAAACCCAAAAUACACUUUGUUUUCUAGUCUUGGCCUGCAAAAAAAAGAUAUCCAGCUGGAUACUAAUAUUAUUAAGACUAUUAUUAAUUAUCCUAAAGACCAACAGCCUAAACCACCUACACCUUUAUCUUCACCGACACCUGAAGCUUCCGAGAUUGCACAAGUCGCCAAACCAAAGAUUGUUAGAAAUUUUAAUAUAUGUCCCGAAUGGGAGAAACGAUUAAAGGACAAAGUCUGUAAUAAUGCCACUGACAAUGACGAUGACCAUUUUCCGUCCGUCGAAGUUGAUAAUGUAGCUGAAAAUUACAUGCCAGAAGAUGUGGGAUUUGCAGAAGACGUUGAUUUCACGGAGGACGGUUUUACUAUCAAUGAACCUUACUGCGAAGGUCUGUCAGAGACGAUGAAUAUGGAUGUUGACCUGAACUAUAAACGUAUACAAUCGCCGAAUGCUGAAAGCAAAUUGAAACUGGUUAUUAGGAGAAUAACGUACAAAUACCGAAGAUGGCUAAUAGAUUUGCAAACAUUCUGCGAGGCUACAAAUGCUGCCAUCAAAAGUCCUGACUACCAGCAACAUGAAUACCAAGCUAACGUGAUGGAAAAGAUAACGAAAGUCGGUGAACAUGCGAACAGUGUGUGUCGCCGUUUGAAAUGCAUACUGAAGCGCGAUCCCAAUGUAACGAGGAACAAAUACUGCGAUAUGUUGAAGAGUUACGGAAUCAUUGAUUUUAAUGUAAGCGAGUCUCAGAUGGAUGACUAUCGAGGAGAAAUAGAAAAGUAUUUGGAGCUGGCGGAACGACUAUUAACAUGCGUGUCGCGGCUGGCCGAAGCUGCCAAAGCGAAAUGAUGGCAUUUACAAUGUCUACUAGUUUAGUAUUGAGGAGUUGUGACCGUAAGGGAACUCCCGAUUUGUUCAGAGUACAGUACAGUACUGGGGGCACACUUAUUGGCAUUCGUAACUGCGUGAUUUGCAAGUUUAGGUGAGGGCUGUGUUGUCACCCCAGUCGAAGGACCAAGUGUUCAUGUGCGCUGUUUGUAGUAGUAGAUUACAUACAGGCCAGUAAAGUAAUAAAUGUCUCAGGUUAGAUUUAAUCUGCGGCAAAGGCCAACAAACCUCUGGUUUGAGGCUUUCUUAUUUACUGAGCAUGCUAUUUUUCUGUUCGACGGAGCCGGGAAGCGGUAACUUCGUUUAGCACAGUGGCCUGAUAUUUGACGCUUUCCGGCCGGAGGACAGAUAAAUAAUUUGUGGUCGCGCA